CACAUCCGGUCUUCAUCAACGCUGUCAAAGCUAGCAAGCGUGCUACAUUUUUAAUGAGAUAUCAGCCGCUAGUUUCUUCAUAACACGACGUUAUUUGUUGUCUAACGGUUUGUGGAUGUGGUCCUAAUUGGCAGUUGAUAUGCUGUAGCUGCGUGAAUCGGAGAACCUCACUUAAAAACACAAGUCGCAGCCAAAGGAAGAACACGUUGUCGUCUUUGUCAAGGAUGCCAUGCCACAAUCAGCAGCUGAACAAUGUGAGCAGUGGCCAGGAGCACCCAAUGAAGCAAGUGCGAUUUGCUAACAGCGCCAACAGCACUGUGCCUGCGGUGCUGUCCAACUCUGAACCCACUGAUGCCACCAUACAGCCUGACAGCCAAGAUAACCUGGGACCUCAGCUUAAACUGCUCCCUCUGAAUGACCAGAUCCGUGAAUUACAGACCAUAAUCAGAGACAAGACAACUAGCAGAGGGGACUUUGUGUUUUGUGCUGAUCGACUGAUCAGACUUGUAGUUGAAGAGGGUCUGAAUCAGCUCCCCUACUCAGAGUGCACUGUGACUACGCCGACAGGGUACAAGUAUGAAGGUGUCAAGUUUGAAAGAGGCAACUGUGGAGUCAGCAUAAUGAGGAGUGGUGAGGCCAUGGAGCAGGGUCUCCGGGACUGCUGCCGCUCCAUCCGGAUUGGCAAGAUCCUCAUCCAGAGUGAUGAGGAGACACAGAAAGCCAAGGUCUACUAUGCCAAGUUCCCUCCAGAUGUGUACAGAAGAAAAGUGCUGCUCAUGUACCCCAUCCUUAGUACAGGGAACACUGUGAUUGAGGCAGUGAGGGUUCUGAUCGAGCACGGUGUCCAGCCCAGGCAUAUUAUCCUCCUCAGCCUCUUCUCCACGCCUCAUGGAGCCAAAUCCAUUAUACAGGAGUUCCCAGAUAUCACCAUCUUGACCACUGAGGUUCAUCCAGUGGCUCCGACACAUUUUGGACAGAGGUACUUUGGCACUGACUGAAUCGAGGACAACAUGAGGAACAUGAUCUGCAAAUUGCUUUGAGUAUAUUUUGUCUUGUUAAUUUAAAUGUAUCUCAUGUUCUCCUUGUUGUGCCAAAUACUGCUACUUUAUCUCCAGAGGUCCUAAACUGAAACAAAAUGAUUAAUCUGAGCGGUUGUAUUUAUUAUCAUGUGUUUCUGCGGUGUGUGCUCAUGCUAAAGAAAGAGAACUGAACACUGAACCAUAUAAAGAGUUCAACUUGAAUUGUUUUAUUUUGCAUGUUACAACAACUGAUGGAAAAUAAAGAAUUUAUAUUUGUUAACAGACAGAAAAGCAAA